UAACUUUGUUUAUUUACGAACAAGUUUUGAAAAUUAUAUUUAUAAGUAAGUAAUAAUAACCAUGGCUGAUAAACAAUCAGAGCCUCCUCCUCCAGUGAAGCGCUACAGACGUGAGGAAAAGUCCUCAGAGUCCGAGGAAGACAUCGAUAACUAUGAACCCUAUGUGCCAGUGAGAGAACGUAAAAAACAACAAUUAAUGAAGUUAGGGCGCCUUGGUCAGGUCGCCGCUGAAGUAUCAGCAGAGACCAAAAGCUCGAGUGACAACGAUCCAGAUGAUGAGACAUCUCAAGAAGAAUGGGGCCGCCGCUACAAUGUCUCACUCCUAGACCAGCACAGUGAGCUCAAGCGGCUAGCCGAGGCCCGGGCUCUGAGCGCAGCGGAGAGACAGGCGAGGGAGGAACAGCAUAUACUGGAGAGUGUCGCGCAGAGUAAAGCUCUUAUGGGUGUUGCUGAAUUAGCUAAGGGUAUCCAAUACGAGGAGCCCAUAAAGACCUCAUGGAAGCCCCCGCGCUGCAUAUUAGAGCUGCCUCCGGAACGCCAUGACCGAGUUAGGGAUCAGUUGAUGAUUCUGGUGGAGGGUGAGGAUGUACCACCCCCUAUCAAGACCUUCCAGCAUAUGAAGUUUCCUAAAGGCAUCCUGCGAGGCCUAGAAGAGAAGGGCAUAAAGAAACCCACCCCCAUCCAGGUCCAGGGUAUACCAGCGGUGCUGAUGGGGCGCGACAUGAUCGGCAUAGCGUUCACGGGCUCCGGCAAGACCCUGGUGUUCACCCUCCCUCUCUUGCUGGUGUGUAUAGAGCAGGAGAUCAAGAUGCCCUUCAUCAGAAACGAAGGUCCAUACGGACUCAUAAUCUGCCCGUCUCGCGAGUUGGCGAAGCAGACCCACGAGAUCAUCCAGCACUUCGUGAAGCACCUCAAGAUGACGGGCAUGCCGGAGAUCAGGAGCUGUCUGGCUAUUGGAGGUGUUGCGGUGUCGGAAUGUAUGGAGGUGGUGCAGCGCGGCGUCCACAUCAUGGUGGCGACACCUGGUAGACUUAUGGACAUGCUAGACAAGAAAAUGGUACGUCUAAACGUGUGCCGCUACCUCUGUAUGGAUGAAGCUGAUCGCAUGAUAGACAUGGGUUUCGAAGAGGACGUCAGAACAAUAUUCUCAUACUUUACGGGGCAGAGGCAGACUCUGCUCUUCAGCGCCACUAUGCCGAGGAAAAUACAGAACUUUGCCAGAUCAGCGCUGGUCAAACCUGUCACUGUGAACGUGGGCCGCGCUGGGGCUGCGUCGCUCAACGUUCGACAGGAACUGGAGCCUGUAAAGGCCGAAGCGCGUACAGUGCACCUGCUACAGUGCCUGCAGAAAACUCCCCCGCCUGUGCUAGUGUUCGCUGAGAGGAAACAAGAUGUGGACGCCAUACACGAGUAUCUACUGCUUAAAGGUCUGGAUUUCGCCAACAUUCAGCACGUGAUCAACUAUGAUAUGCCGGAGGAUAUUGAAAACUACGUACAUCGCAUCGGACGUACAGGGCGUGCUGGUGGCGAGGGCGUGGCGACGACGCUGCUCGGUCGGGCAGCAGAGAGCAGCGUCCUCAAAGACUUGGUCCAUUUGCUACGGGAAGCUGGACAAAAGGUGCCGGGGUUCCUGCUGGAGAUGAUCGGCGAGCCCGACGUGCCGGCGCCCGACGGGCAGGGCUGCUCCUACUGCGGCGGCCUGGGCCACAGGAUUACCGAAUGUCCAAAACUGGAGGCGGUGCAAAACAAGCAGGCGUCGAACAUCGGCCGGCGGGACUACCUCGCCAACACCGCGGCCGACUACUAGUGUUAUUUUUAUUUGGCCAGAUUUAUUGUGGUUAUUAGGCGUUUGGUAUACCAAGUUGCUUCGCGCGGCAAUUUCCUCGCGAAGCAAGCAACGGUCAGUGUAGACGUGCCUCGCCCGAGGCAAUCGCUUCGCGAGGCGGCUCGUUCUGGGACCCCAUAUUACCAUAACUUAUUGCCAGAGAUCGGACAAAUUUGCGUCAUUGCUCGCAAUAAUGUGGACAUGACUCCAAAAUUGAUCAAAUAAUUAAUCAUUUUAUUAACAAGCUUUUAUUAGGUCGACCGAACCGGUCGGUCGAAUGGAAUCUAAGGUAACAAAUUUAACCAUCUUCCAAGGAUCGUAGCGUCAUGAAAAUUGGCAGCUGUAUGUAGUUCUGAUGACAAUACAAUAAUAUGGUACUGUCGAACUGAUCUGACGAUGGAGACAGGAGGUGGCCAUAGGAACUCUGUGAUGAAACAACGCAACCUAAUUGUGUUAGGGGUUUUUAGAAUUGUCUCGAUGAGUAUUAGUUGUCUGUCGUAAGAAAAGUACAGUCAGCGAUAAAAGCUUGUACCAAAAAUUAAAUUUUUGACAAAAACUUAUUAAUUUCUUACCCGAGGUUUAAUUUUGAUUCCUAAUCAAUAAAUAACACAAAGGUUUCUUAUAAUGUAGAUUAUUGUAGAAUUAUUAAAGAAAAUAAUCCGUAUGUUUCCCAAUUUUUCUGGAGGUACUCAUUUUUAUAUUGUUGUAUAAGUGCUAUUUAUUGACUAGGGAUCAAAAUUAAGUCUCAGGUAAAAUAAUAAUUAAAUGAUUAAUUAUUCUCAACCAAUUUUGGAGUCAUGUCCACAUUUUUGAUGACGCUAAUUUGUCCGAUCUCUGCUUAUUGCUGACGAAAUAUGAUUUGCACCGAUCUCUCGAACAUCUUGUAUGACGAAUUGUCGGAUAAUAUAUUUCUUCAAAGUUACCAAAACUGUUUCACCACUGGUAACUCAAUCUUUGUAUUUUAUAUUCUAUAUAUUAAGAUAAAAUAGCAGUUCUAUUGGUCAAUUUACUAAGCUUUUGUACCAAUCUUGUAUUAUAUGUACUUAGUUCGUUUUAUUAAAAUUAAAAAAAAGACUACGCGAUCUUGCUGUUUUUUAAUU